AAGUAUCCGUGAGAGGAGAGAAUAAAAGGAGGAAGAAAUUUGGAGAGCCUCGCACAUUCCGAUUUCUUUCUUUUGAUUUGGUUUUUCACCUUUCCCGCUCUCGGUACGCACGAACACACCAAUCAAAUAAUUUUUUCUGCUAUUAACACCAGAGGCUGGAGCCUGAGAAGAAGAAGAAGAUAGUCCAUGGAGGGCGGCGCAGGAAGAGGUUUGGAAUGCCAGAAGAUUAUGGAUGGGAAGGAGAAUGAUGGGAAUGGUUCAGAGAAGGCUAUACCUUCUUGCUGCUUGAAGGCUAGGGUUUCAGACCCUGAGUUUGAGGCAAAAUGCCAUUCUACUGUUGUUUCUGGGUGGUUCUCAGAUUCUCAGUCUUGCUCUGAUAAUGGGAACAAAUGGGUUUACUUCAACAAUCCUAUGUGGCCGGGAGAGGCUCAUUCACUUAGAGUAGAAAAGCUAUUAUACAAGGGAAAAUCAGAAUACCAAGAAAUCUUGGUUUUUGAGUCAUCAACAUAUGGGAAAGUGCUUGUGCUUGAUGGCAUCGUUCAAUUGACUGAGAAAGAUGAAUGUGCCUACCAAGAGAUGAUAGCUCAUCUUCCUCUUUGCUCAAUUCCAUCGCCAAAAUCCGUUCUGGUUGUAGGUGGUGGUGAUGGUGGUGUUCUUAGAGAGAUAUCUCGUCAUAGCUCUGUGGAAGUUAUUGAUAUAUGCGAGAUAGAUAAUAUGGUUAUUGAGGUGUCUAAGAAAUAUUUUCCAGAGUUAGCUGUUGGAUUUGAGGACCCUCGUGUCCGGCUUCAUGUUGGUGAUGCUGUUGAAUUUCUAAAACAUGCACCGGAAGGAAAGUAUGAUGCAAUUAUUAUCGAUUCUUCAGACCCUGUAGGUCCUGCUCAGGAGCUUGUAGAGAAGCCAUUCUUUGAGACCACAGCAAAAGCUUUAAGGCCAGGCGGCGUCGUCUGUAGCAUGGCAGAAAGUAUGUGGCUCCAUACGCAUCUUAUUCAAGACAUGAUCUCUAUUUGCCGUGAAACAUUCAAAGGUUCUGUUCAUUAUGCAUGGGCAAGUGUCCCUACUUAUCCAAGUGGUGUGAUUGGUUUUAUACUUUGCUCAACUGAGGGCCCCCCUGUUGAUUUUAUUAAUCCCAUCAAUCCUAUUGAGAAGUUAGAAGGAGCUGCCAAACAUAAACGAGAGCUGAGGUUCUACAAUUCAGAUGUAAGAUUCAUUCAGCUGCUUUUGCCUUGCCCUCAUUUCUGAAGAGGGAGGUCAGCUUCCUUAAAAUAUGAUUCUCUAACUGUGGCUCAUUGAAUCGGCUUCUCUCACUUAGUGGCUUCCGGCUGCUGGUGUUCAUAUCAGUGGUUUUUCUUCCAUAUGAUACUAAAACCAGGCUAUAGGUGGUUCCUACCAUAUUCAUAUUUAGGUGUAGCUGAGGCCAUGAACUCUACUAUUGGUCUUCAUUUCGAUCACUAUAUGGAUUGGAGGUUUUUAAUGAUUCUUCUUGUCGAAGCGCUCUUUGGUUAAUUUCAUGGUUGGCCCUACUUUUCUUAUGGUUUGCUAUUAGUAUGUGGUUGUGGUCAUUUGACGAAGUGGGUAUUCAUUCAACAGGAUAGUUUUAAGGUUUAUCUACUCGAUGUAACUGUUCUCAUCAGAUUCGCAAAUAUAUUUGUAUUUUUAUUGGUUUAA